AUGGCCUUGUCCCUGAGUUCUUCAGCCCAGCUGCCCAGACAUCAACGACGGGCUCCUGCCAGCGCGAACCACAUGGCUCCGCCGGACAAUGCGGGGGGCAAUGUUACAGUCCAGAGGAUCGACCCGAAGGUGCUUGCUGGAAUGGUGAACCGCUUCGCUACAGAGACGGGCAGCUUCUUGGAAGCUUUCGCGACCAGAGCAGAGGCCAAGCUGAUGAAGCUGGAUCAGCGGGUCGAGCGAUUGGAGAGACAUUCCCGUAAGCUUUCGCGCUCGUAUGCUGACCUACUCUGCGGUGCAUCGCCGAUGUCUGUGGAUGUGUGUCCGGCUGAGUUCACCAGCCAUCUUGCAGAAGAGGAGAGAGUCUUUCCCUGCACGCUGACCUUGUGCCGCCCUCGCCUGGUCGGAGAGGAAGGCCUUCCCUUCGCAGAGGUGGAGUACCAGGACAAAAUCCACUCGAUACAGGAGUGGCCCUGUCUCUCGCUGCCCUUCGCCUUUGGAGAGGGUGAUCUGCAGGUCCGUGUUUUCCUGGCCGAUGAUGAGGCUUCGUACCUUCAGGAGAAGCGCCGCCCCCUGGGCGGCUUCCGUGUGUCGCUCCAGGACCUGGAGCUCCGGUCCAUGACUUCGGGCGAGGUGUGGAUGCCACUGUCACGCCGCGGCUGGGAGGAGGAGGCUCAGAGCCUUUCGCCCAUCCAUCGGCGCCCUCUGGGCCCUUCAAUGCGCAUUUUGCUGCAGCACCGCGAGAGCCUGGAGAAGCGAGUUUGGGCCCUCUCCGUUGCAGAAAGGCGCAGCCGCCUUCGGACCUCCAGCAGCAGCUCCGUUGCUUUGGCCGGUGAUGCCUUCGCCAGGAGGCCAGAGGGAGAGGCAUCUGAAUCAGUGGCGCGGUGGCGGCAGAAGUUCGAAAAGCAGCAGGAGCAUACCGAGAUGUUGCUGAAGCAGCAUGACGAGGCAUUGAGCGAUCUGGCUCGAGAGGCGCAGCAUCGCGUGCAGAAAGCAGCCUCAGUGGCAGACUGCGCCCAUCGCCAAGCCCUGGCCUGCCUGGUAGAUGCCUGCCUCAGGAGCUGGGCAGCCUGGGUCGCUGCGGAGAAACGCGAGCGCCAGUUUGAACAGGUUGCCGAGGACAACCAGGCUUUCCGGGACCGCUGCAGCUCCAAGCGCAGCGCAAGCCAGGCGAAGGUUCGGCAGUUGCACUCAGAGCAGGAGCAGGCGCAGUUGGAGGUCAAGCGACAGGGGCAACUGCGCGAGCAGAGCUUGGCCAUUUUGCAGUCGUGGCUGAUGCACGGGCAAAUGAGGUCUCACGGAUGCGUGUGCUUUGGCGCAUGGGCACGUCACAUGCGUCAGCGUGCCUUUCUCCUUCGCAUCCAUGACAAACAGAACACCAAACUCAGCCGGCUGUUCCUGCUCUCUGCCCUGCUGGCUUGGCGUUCUCUUUGCGGGGACGAAGCGCUCGAGAGCCUGGUAGCACAGUGCCGGCAGAGAGAGGCCUCUGCUUCUCGACUGGCAAGGGCCGCCUCAGCUGAGGCUUUUGCGAGCUGGGUGGAGCACGCAGCACGCCAUGGGCUACUGGAGGCGGCUGUUGCAUCCUGGGUGGAUCACCUCGGCCGUGCUCGGUUUAAUCAGGAGCUGGGUGGCGUUUUUCUCGACGUCACCGACCGUCUUGAUGUCAAGCGGCUGAAGGAGUGGGCACUGCUGACCUGGCACUCAGCCGUUUGCGAUGCGGAGGCGCAGAUCCAGGCCGAGCGCUGCAGCCGCAGCACUCGGCUUCGCAGGCGACGGGAGCUGACGCUGCGGGUGAUGGAUGCACCCACUGCUCUCCGCAUGAGCGGCGCUGCGUGGUUCGCCUUCCGCCGCUGGCGGGACGUUGUGGAGGAGCAGUGCUUCCAGAAGGUCAUGGAAUCCCAGCUGACGCAGAAGGAGCAGGCCCAGGCCGAGAUCCUGAGCGCGAGGAAGGAGAUCAGUAACUUCGAGAACGCCAUGGCAGCGGAAGAGAAGCAGUGGGCCUCCGAGCGGGUGGAUCUUUGGGAUCGCCUGAAGCACUUGCGGGCCAUGCUGGCAGAGAGCCAAGCAAAGCGCCAGGAGCUCCACGAGAAGAGAGUGUUGGUUUAG